UAUAAAUUAAUUUAACCAAUCAACACCUGCCACGUUAUUGGUCUCUAUUUCCAGCCUGUCGCUUUUACCUUUUUCUUCUCCUCCAAUGCACAACUGUUUUCACACGUGUCACAUUUUCCUUCCCUUCUCCCUCCCUCUUUCCUUCCCCGCACUUCCCGGAGACGACGCCGGCGGAAAUCUCACGGAACUUUGCUUCGACUUCACGUGGCCGCUCCACGAAGCGUUUUGGUUUUCUUCCCGUUUCUCUCUCUCUCUGUAGAGAAGUUCCUUUGCCUUCGUCACCACCAAUCGAACGAGAAGAGGUGAAAUUUGGUCUUUGGUGGAGAGCGAUUUCCGGGAGGGGAAAGAGAAAGAAAUAAGCAGCUUCAUCGCGUUCCUUGCUUAUCGUUAGACCGUGACUUUUGUUUCAGCUAAGCAAUGUCUGGCGUUGGCGAGAACCAGCUUAUCUCCAUUCAACCUGAUGAGCUCAAAUUUCUUUUUGAACUCGAGAAGCAAAGCUAUUGUGAUCUUAAAGUUGCCAAUAAAACAGAGCAUUAUGUUGCUUUCAAGGUGAAAACAACAUCUCCAAAGAAGUAUUUUGUAAGACCCAACACUGGUGUCAUACAGCCAUGGGACUCCUGCAUCAUUAGAGUUACUCUACAAGCGCAACGGGAGUAUCCUCCAGAUAUGCAGUGCAAAGACAAGUUUCUCCUUCAGAGUACCAUUGUACCUCCACACACUGAUGUGGAUGAACUUCCACAGGACACAUUUACCAAGGACAGCGGGAAAACAUUAACAGAGUGUAAGCUCAAGGUCUCGUAUAUCACACCGUCUACAACUCAAAGAUCCUCUGAAUCUGGAGCAACCAAUGGCGACGGAAAUGGCUCUGAAACCAUCUCUACUAUACAACGGCUGAAGGAAGAGCGAGAUGCAGCCGUUAAGCAAACACAACAGCUGCAACAUGAAUUGGAGGUGGUGAAGAGAAGAAGAAACCAGAUGAGCAGCGCGAGUGGGUUAUCCUUAAAGUUGGCAGCUAUGGUUGGGCUCAUCGGACUCAUCAUCGGAUUCAUCUUAAAACUCACCUUAGCUUCUCCAACUUAACAGCUCUCUGCUUCCCCGCAUCGUCUACCAUCUUCAACAUAUGUAACCGCGGAAUCAAAAUGGCGUCACACAUUUUGUGGUAUUUUACUCUGUUAACUCUCUACGAUCUGUUCUACUUGUUUGUUCCAUCAACUUUACAUUUUUGACUCAAGAGACCCUUUCAUCAUUCGAUUUUACUUAUUUGCUUUUUCAUUUAAUGGGAAUGUCUAAUCCCUUUGUACUGUUAACCUCAUUGUGAAGGAAAUCAGUUAGAAAAAGAGCAAAUAUAAUCCA